AUGGACGCGGGCUUUCUAGAAGCGCUGGUGAAGGCGGGGAGCAUGAUCCUCGUGUCGGAGAUAGGCGACAAAACCUUCUUCGUUGCAGCGCUCCUCGCCAUGCGCCAGCCGCGGCGCUGGGUGCUUCUUGGCUCGCUCUGUGCUCUGUGGUUGAUGACCAUCAUCUCUUCCCUCUUUGGCUGGGCUGCUCCUAACCUCCUGCCGCGGGCGUGGACGCAUGUGAGCACGACGCUGCUCUUCUUCCUCUUCGGCCUGCGCUCCCUCUGGGACGGCCUCACCAUGGACGCCGCCAGGGUGUCGGAGGAGCUCAAGGAGGUGGAGCAAGAACUGGACAAGGCCACCAUAGCUGCUGCCACGGCAAGUGCUCCACCCUCCACUACAGCACCACCAUCUCAACACAAGGUCAUGAUUUCAUAUCCCGUGAACAGAGUGUUUUCUCCUCACGUGCUCCCGUCCUCCUCCUCUCGUGCCCCUCGUCCUAUGUUCCUCACCCUCAGCCUCUGUGCCCCCAUCCCCUACUCUCCCGCCAGCAUCCCUACUCUCCCGCCAGCAUCCCUACUCUCCCGCCAGCAUCCCUACUCCCCCGCCAGCAUCCCCACUCAUCUGAUCUCUGCCACACCCACAUCCCCCUCCCUCUCCAUCCAACAACCCUACUACCCACGCCUUGCUGCUCACACUACCACUCCCCUUCUCUCCCUCUCCGACAACGGGGUGAAUGGGGGCGGGCACGAGGGGAGCAUGAACGGGGUGGGGGCGCAGGGCGAGGAGGAGAGCAAGCAGCGCAAGGCGCAGAGGCUGGCGUGGCACCGCUUCUUCUCCCCCGCAUUCCUGCAGGCCUUCUCCCUGGUGUUUCUUGGGGAGUGGGGCGACAAGAGCCAGCUGGCAACAAUAGGCCUAGCAUCAGAGGCCAGCGUGUGGGGCGUUGCACUCGGCGGGUGCAUAGGCCAUGCGGUGUGCUCAGGAGCAGCAGUGAUGGGGGGACGGCAUCUGGCCUCUCGGAUAUCAGAGCGCACGGUUGCACUGUGUGCCGGUGUGCUAUUUCUUCUCUUUGGCGUGCAAGCCUUGCUGCAUGGCAGCAUGGCUGCUUGA